GGUUACAGAAACACAGCGCCCACUCGCGGCCUGGCGUGCGAACUAAAGCGGUUUUAACAUUGCUCGCGCUCCCGGUCGCUACCGGAACGUUUUCCGUCAGUGCGCGCGACUUUCCUGGAACACGGCAGCGUUUCCAGUUUCUCCUCCGAAAAGGACAGAAUCCCGGUUGGAGGAGGUCAGUCAGUCAGCCACAGCGUGCCUAACUAACGCCGCGGUGUGACAUGCGUCUGGCUAAACGUCCCCGUGCUGUGAAUUAUUCACCGUUUAUUACUUCUCUGUUCAACGCCGAGUCAGAAAGUGGUCAUCGGUGACACAUGACGGUCCUGGAAGCGCUCUGUUGAUGCUCCCUGCUGUCACUUGGGUGGGGCAGACGCGGGUGACGGUUGACGGGAGCGGAGCUCGCGGAUCGUUUUAAAGGCACCGAGGGUGGUUGGUCUGUUUUAGUUAAAAAAAAAAAAAAAAAAAACAUGACCAAACCGGAGCCCAAGAAAAGUGCCGCGAUCGCCUCCAGCAAGUGCGCCACAGCCGCAGCCGCAGCCGCAUCCGCCGCCGAGCAGGUCAACAACGGCUCCGUGGAUCCCGGGUGUCCGGAGCAGAGCACCGUCACCAAAGCCAGGGUGAUGAAGCAGACCUCCAGGGAGAGUCUCCACAGGAAAAACACGGAGAGCGAGGUGUAUGACGACGGGACCAACACCUUCUUCUGGCGAGCCCACACUGUGACAGUGCUGUUUAUCCUGACCUGUGCGCUGGUCUACGUCACGCUGUUAGAGGAAACUCCUCAGGACACAGCUUACAACACUAAAAGGGGGAUUGUUGCCAGCAUCCUGGUGUUCCUGUGUUUCGGAGUGACGCAGGCUAAAGAUGGACCCUUCACCAGACCGCAUCCAGCUUACUGGAGGUUCUGGCUUUGUGUCACCGUCGUCUACGAGCUGUUCCUCAUCUUCAUCCUAUUUCAGACGGUUCACGACGGGCGACAGUUCAUGAAAUACAUCGACCCCAAACUGGGGGUCCCUUUACCCGAACGCGACUAUGGAGGGAACUGCCUCAUGUACGACCCGGGCAACACCACCGACCCCUUUCACAACAUCUGGGAUAAAAUGGAUGGUUUUGUUCCCGCUCACUUCCUGGGGUGGUACAUCAAGACCCUGGUGAUUCGCGACUGGUGGAUGUGCAUGAUAAUCAGUGUUAUGUUUGAGUUUCUGGAGUACAGCCUGGAGCACCAGUUACCAAACUUUUCAGAGUGUUGGUGGGACCAUUGGAUCAUGGAUGUGCUGGUCUGCAACGGUUUGGGGAUCUACUGUGGCAUGAAGACGCUGGCGUGGCUGUCCAUGAAGCCGUACCAGUGGCAGGGCCUCUGGAACAUUCCCACUUACAAGGGGAAGAUCAAGCGGAUAGCUUUCCAGUUCACGCCGUACAGCUGGGUGAAGUUCGAGUGGAAGCCUGCCUCCAGCCUGCGCCGCUGGCUGGCCGUGUUAGGCAUCAUCUUCAUGUUUCUGUUGGCGGAGCUGAACACCUUCUACCUGAAGUUCGUGCUGUGGAUGCCUCCUGAACACUACCUGGUGCUGCUCCGCCUCGUCUUUUUCGUCAACGUGGGAGGAGUGGCCAUGAGGGAGAUCUACGACUUCAUGGACGACCCGAAGUUCCAUAAGAAGCUGGGCCAGCAGGCGUGGCUGGUCGCUGCCAUCACAGUGACCGAGUUCCUCAUCGUGGUCAAGUACGACCCCAACACCAUCAUGCUGCCCAUCCCCUUCUUCAUCAUGCAGUGCUGGUUCUUAGGAAUCCUCCUCAUCCUCAUCUGGACCCUGUGGAGGUUCUUCAUCCGUGACAUCACGCUGCGCUACAAAGAGACGCGCCGGCGCAAACAGGAAGCCCCCGCCGGCCGGGACUGCCCGCUGGGCAACGGCAGCACGGCCGCCCCGUCCGGCCGGAGCAAGCUGAACGGCAGCUCGGAGACGCUGCGGCAGAGGAAGUCCUGAGAGGACGUCCCGUCAGACGGCCGGUCUGACAGCGACUGACAGGUGGGAGCAGGAGGACGGGAGGACAGACACCGAGAGGCAAUAAACGGACUCACUGCUGUGGAGAUGGUUCUCGUGCCUACCGGGGGGGGGGGGGAGUGGUAGUUUAUAUUUGUGUAGUUAGGAUCAUGCUACAGGGAGUUACCUCAUUCUAUUUUUAAAGGACAUUUGAGGAGUCAAACAUUUUUUUUUUUUUGUGUGUGUUACGAGUAGAUUAUUGUGAAUGUUUGGUGAUGAUGGGGGGGGUUAAAGAGAGGUGGAACAGUGGGAGGAGGGGUGUAGAUAGACCAAAAAAAUCCACUGCGGUUUCCAUCUCCUCAGCUGCACUUUGUCUUAAAUACACAGAAGGUGAGCGUCAGGAACGCGGUCUCCGCUGUAAAUACGCUUCGUUCACAGUGUCGCGCAGGAAACCGCGGUUUGAGUUUCUGUUAGGCACAAUGACUGAUUAGGAUCCCGUUUCUGGUUCACUGCUAUGCAAUCUUCACGAUCUCCCCGGGAUUCUAGACACAAAACGUCCAACACGUUGGUUAUAGUUCGGCAUCUGUGGUUGGUUCAUUCAGGUGAAACUUUAUUUGUCCUCUGGUUCAGAUUCAGUUUUGAAGCAAGGCGCGGUCCCAGGCACAUGACACGUUGUUCACAUGCGGGAAACGUUAGAAACUUCUUAUUUACAGUCCAUUCCUGGAGACGCCGAGGAUCGUCGUCCCUCAGUUGGACUCUGGGAGGAGAUCCGGCCCGGAGUCGCUCUCCUCUCAGGGUCUGUUCUUUGAUAAGAACGCCAUGUUUGUUUGAAACCAAAAAAAAACAAUGUUAAGAUGUACCAUAAAGGGUUAUUUAACUGGUUAUAUUGUACAUGAUAAACGGGAUAUAAUUUUGGUGGGUUUUUUUUGAAGAUGUUUUGUUCUCACCGGUGUUUAUUCGUUGGGUUGAACUGCCCACAGAAAACAUCCACGACAAUCACACAGACACAAGACUGUGAUCAGGAUUGAAUUUAUCAUUUGAUCUUCUUCUUCUUCUUUUUAAGGCCAAAUUGUUUUUUUUUUUUUCUAUGUGAGAUUUUAUCAUAAUCACUUCGUGUGCUGGCUGAAUUCGUGAAACCCAGACAGAAGAAGAGGUUCGGGGGUUUUCAUGUUGCACAAGCAGACGGCCAAAGCUUCAGUUGAUUGAGCCAUAAAUGCCACCGAAGACCCGCUUCAGCCUCUCCAUUCGUUUUAAAACCCCAACUUGGAUUUCUUUUAAACCCCGGCAGACCUUGGCUGCGUGCAGAUUUCCUGCUGGAGAAGGUCACAACACUGAAACAUUCACGCACUUCUUAAAUCAUUGUCUUUGUCGCCGUCGAUCUUCAUUUCUGUCUGAGUCGACAGGAAAGCUGCAAGGUUUUACCCGCACAUCACACCAGACAUCCGAGUCUUUUUGUCCCACACAAUAAAAAAAGAAAAAAAUAUCGAAAAUGUGUCUAAAUUUCAGCUGAAUAAAAGAUUUUUUUUAAGAUUUUGUUGUGUGACAUUUGUGUUAAUACUUAUUGAACUAGUAUUUACUGCUAAAUGCUGCUGUCGUGUUGAAAAUUAUGUAAAAAGUCAAUUCAGAAAAGCACAAGUGUCUCAGUUCGGUCUGUAUUUGAGCUCAGUAACUACGAGGAUCUGGAACAUGGUGGAUGGAGCACCUUGUUGAUUACCGGCAGUAAAUGAACAAAUCAUGAAAAUAUACUAACACUACGUCUGCAAUGAUACAGAAGAAUCUCAAAACACAUUCAAAUUUUAGAGUUAUUGCACAUGAAGUAUUUAGUUUUUUUUUAAUGUUUUUCAUCAUUAUUCAACUUAUAAUUAAUCCAAAUGAAAUAUUGCAUCAAAAGAUAUUAGAAUAUUACAUUACAUCCACUUAUUUUCCUGUUUGCAAAAAAACUCAAUGCCAGGAAUUAUAGCGACUAAAACAAUUCAACAUUUCAGUUCUUGUCAUGAUUAUAGAAAAACAAAAUGAUUUUCCAGUGAUGUUCUAUUUUUUUUAGCUGUAUGUGUUGGUAGGAACCAGGCGCUGCUGUUGUGUGGGACAAAAUCUGCAUCAACCAGUGUGAAUAUUUAGGAUUUCUUUCCAAGCAAAAAAAAAAAAACAAAACAAACUGUCGCCCCGUUUUCAGUGUGAGAGUUUAAUGUUCAUAUGUGAGGCUCGUGAUGUUAGACUGAAUAUUUCUAGGUUUGGGGUUGUUGGGAUUGAAAUUUAAAAAAAGGAAUUUGAGGAUAUAAAUAGAUUUUUCUCUAUCUGUCAAACAUUGUGUAGACAUUAUGAUUAAUCAGGUAAUAAAAGUAAAUCUGGUGAUAGUGAUAUGAAAUAGUUGUCGCUGUAGCUAAAUGUUUAAGAGGACUAAGAAAUAAAGCUUUACAUUGAACUUAAGCAGGUCCAGCUCAGCAUCCACUGUUACCGAACAGCUGGAGCGACGUCGGCGUGCUCCUCGCCGUGCACGGUGACCGUUUGAGCUGUUCCUGCCGAACACCCGCUCCUCUUCUGGUGAAUGUAACCCAGCAGGAGCUGCUGCUCAGACCAGAGGAUUUAUUUCCAUUUAGACACUAGAUUUGUUGGUUCCUGUAGAUCCUGCUGCUGUGGUGCGUCACUUCCUUCUGUCGGAGCAGCGUCUGAAUUGCUGCUCAACGUUGAACCCUAAAAACAUCGUUUCUUUAUGUCCAGACUUUGAAGUUGUGAUGUUCUGAUUCAGUCGCUAGAGAAGAAAGUCCUGCUUUCUUUUGGAGCUAUUAGAUUAGUAAAACUGUUUCUGUGUGCAUGUGGAGGGUUUUCAGGAUUUUGAUUUGUGUUUGUUGAUAUCUGUUUGCCCUCCGUGUCGACUGGCAGGCUCACGCCCGUCCCUCUGUGCCUUUUGGUUUGCACUCUGGCUCUGUUGUGAUGUAACCUUAAUAACAUGAAGUAGUACUGUCAAAAAAAACAAACAAACCCAUACAUCACAUCUAAUUUUUGACCAAAGUGAGCC